AGCCAGGCUUCCUUCCUUCCUUCCUUCCUGUUUGCGCUGAGGGGGAGUCGAGGCCCCGCCGCAGAGGGAGAGGCGCUGCUGCUUGUUGCCACCGCCGGGCCCUCUGCCGCCUCCGAAGGCCGCCCCCCUCGCCUCCCGCCCCUGCGCUCGGCAGCCAUGGAGCUGGCGGACGGCGUGGUCUACCAGGAGGACCCCGGCGGUCCCGGCCCGGCCAUGAUGUCGGAGCGGGUGUCCGGCCUGGCGGGCUCCAUCUACCGCGAGUUCGAGCGGCUCAUCGGGCGCUACGACGAGGAGGUGGUGGCCGAGCUGAUGCCGCUGGUGGUGGCCGUGCUGGAGAACCUGGACUCGGUCUGCGCCCACAGCCAGGAGACCAGCGUGGAGCUGGAGCUGCUGCGCGACGACAACGAGCAGCUCCUCACCCAGUACGAGCGCGAGAAGGCCCUGCGGAAGCAGGCCGAGGAGAAAUUUAUUGAAUUUGAAGAUUCUCAAGAACAAGAAAAAAAAGACCUGCAGAUCAGAGUGGAAACUUUGGAGUCACAAACUCGACAACUUGAACUGAAAGCAAAAAACUAUGCUGAUCAAAUUAGCAGGCUAGAAGAGAGGGAGGCAGAACUGAAGAAGGAAUAUAAUGCUCUUCAUUCAAGACAUACAGAGAUGAUUCAUAAUUACAUGGAACACCUGGAAAGAGCCAAACUUCAUCAGCUGACGGGGGGCGAUCAGGUAGAGCCUGUCAUGCACACUAGGGUUAGUCCAAUGCCAACCGUAGUAAGGACACUGAACAGGAAGGAGCCUCCUAUAUCACUGGGCAUCUUCCCACUUCCUCCAGGAGAUGCGAUUCUUACACCUGACACUCAGAGAGGAACGGUGGACACUCCUGGGUCAGACACUUGGAAAUACCGUGAAAUAAGCCAGCCACGCUCUCGCACCAGCCUGAAGGAUGAAAUUUCUGAUGUUAGCCAAGCAGGUUCCAAAUCGACGACACCAAUCUUAACUGCUGCUUCAGAUGUGCUUGCACCUGCUGAAUCUCUUCUGAAUGAAGACAAGGAAGGACUUGUGAAAAACUCUGAAACUGAAAACAAGAACUUGGAUGUAAGCAAGAACAUUGAAGUGCAGGUGGCCCAGGAAACAAGAAGUGUGUCCAUUGGUUCUAAUGAAAAUGAAGACCAGUCGGAAGUUCAAGCCAUCAUCGAAUCCACCCCAGAGCUUCAUAUUGAUAAAGACCUUAGUGGAUAUAAAGGCUCAAGCACUCCUACCAAAGGCAUAGAGAACAAAGCAUUUGAUCGUAAUACAGAGUCUGUCUUUGAAGAGCUGUCUUCUGCUGGCUCUGGUUUGAUUGGGGAUGUGGAUGAAGGUGCAGAUUUGCUGGACCAUAAUUUCUUUGGAAUGGGUCGUGAAGUUGAAAACCUCAUAUUAGAAAAUACGCAGCUGCUAGAAACCAAACAUGCCUUGAAUGUGGUGAAGGAUGACUUAAUAGCAAAAGUAGAUGAACUAAACUGCGAGAAGGAUGUUCUAAAAGGAGAAUUGGAAGCUGUAAAACUUGCCAAGCAAAAGCUUGAAGAGAAGAAUAAGGAGCUGGAAGAAGAACUUAGAAAAGCUCGAGCAGAAGCAGAGGAAGCAAGGCAAAAAGCAAAGGAAGACGAUGAUAGUGACAUUCCUACUGCUCAGAGGAAGCGCUUCACUCGGGUUGAGAUGGCCCGUGUUCUCAUGGAACGAAAUCAGUAUAAAGAGAGGCUGAUGGAACUCCAGGAGGCUGUGCGAUGGACUGAGAUGAUACGGGCAUCAAGAGAAAACCCAGCCAUGCAAGAGAAAAAGCGGACAAGCCUUUGGCAGUUUUUUAGCCGGCUAUUCAGCUCAUCAGGCACUGCUGCUAAGAAACCGGAGCCACCCGUUAAUGUUAAAUACAAUGCCCCAACCUCACACAUUACUCCGUCUGUCAAGAAAAGAAGCAGCACUUUAUCUCAGCUUCCAAGUGACAAAUCGAAAGCAUUUGAUUUCCUCAGUGAAGAGUCUGAGGCCAGCCUUGCCUCGCGCAGAGAGCAGAAGAGAGAACAAUACCGCCAAGUGAAAGCACAUGUUCAAAAGGAAGAUGGUAGAGUGCAAGCUUUUGGUUGGAGUCUUCCUCAGAAAUAUAAGCAGGCUGUAAAUGGUGGUGGUCAGAGUGAUAACAAAAUGAAGAAUUUACCAGUGCCUGUUUACUUGAGGCCACUUGAUGAGAAGGAUACAUCUAUGAAGCUAUGGUGUGCUGUAGGAGUGAAUUUAUCAGGAGGGAAGACUAGAGACGGAGGUUCAGUGGUUGGUGCCAGUGUGUUCUACAGUGAUGUGGCAACUGUGGAUGCGGAGAGCAACAAACAACGAAGUGCAUCUCAGAGUAGUUUGGACAGAUUGGACCAAGAACUCAAGGACCAGCAGAAAGAGCUGAAAAAUCAGGAAGAACUAUCAAGCCUCGUUUGGAUAUGUACUAGUACUCACUCUGCAACAAAGGUUAUCGUUGUAGAUGCUAACCAGCCAGGAAACAUCUUGGACAGUUUCAUUGUUUGCAAUUCUCACGUACUCUGUAUAGCUAGUGUGCCAGGAGCUCUGGAAACUGACUAUCCUACAGGGGAAGAAGGAUCACAAGAAACAGAUUCGGGUGUGGCGGACAAAUCAUCCUUGUGUAGCAGUAUGAAUAGCAACAGUUCAGCAGAAACAGACAGUCUCUUAGGAGGAAUCACAGUAGUUGGUUGUACUGCAGAGGGAAUUACAGGGCCUUCUGCUCCUCACAGUGCUAAUGGUGCCUCUCCCGAGGCAAAUAAACAGCCAGACGUUGAAGCUGAAACGGAUGCGGUAGAUGAAAACGUUCAGACAGCAGAGGAAGCAACGGAAGCAACAGAAAAUGCUGGCUCAGGAGAAGAAGUAGCAGAUGUUGCACAGACAGGAGUUUACACGGAGCAUGUUUUCACAGAUCCUUUGGGAGUUCAAGAUACAGUAGAGGGUUCUCCGGCAUUUCAGCCUAGUAAUGAAGCAGACUUGUAUAAAGAUGUCGCUGUAUUGCCAAAUGAACAGGAUCUCGUAAGAGAAGAAGCACAGAAAAUGAGCAGCCUUUUACCCACUAUGUGGCUUGGAGCACAGAAUGGAUGUUUGUAUGUUCAUUCUUCAGUGGCUCAGUGGAGAAAAUGUGUUCAUGCCAUUAAACUUAAAGAUUCUAUACUCAGUAUAGUGCAUGUAAAAGGAAUCGUAUUAGUUGCACUAGCGGAUGGAACUUUAGCAAUAUUUCACAGAGGAGUAGAUGGACAGUGGGAUUUGACAAAUUAUCACCUUCUAGAUCUGGGCCGUCCUCAUCAUUCAAUCCGCUGCAUGACUGUGGUUCAUGAUAAAGUCUGGUGUGGCUACAGAAACAAAAUCUAUGUGGUACAGCCAAAAGCCAUGAAAAUAGAGAAAUCAUUUGAUGCACACCCAAGAAAGGAGAGCCAAGUUAGACAACUUGCUUGGGUUGGAGAUGGAGUCUGGGUGUCCAUUCGUUUAGAUUCUACACUCCGUCUUUAUCAUGCACACACUUAUCAGCAUCUGCAAGAUGUCGAUAUUGAGCCCUAUGUUAGCAAAAUGCUAGGUACUGGAAAACUAGGAUUUUCCUUUGUGAGAAUCACAGCUCUUAUGGUCUCCUGUAAUCGCCUGUGGGUUGGAACAGGAAAUGGGGUCAUCAUCUCCAUACCCUUAACAGAAACUGUAAUCCUCCACCAGGGACGUUUACUGGGGCUGAGGGCUAACAAAGCAGCAGCCAGUUCUGGCAACCGUCCAGGGAGUGUAAUACGUGUAUAUGGUGAUGAAAACAGUGACAAAGUGACACCGGGAACCUUCAUACCUUAUUGCUCAAUGGCACAUGCGCAGCUAUGUUUCCAUGGGCAUCGAGAUGCUGUCAAAUUUUUUGUUGCCGUUCCUGGUCAGGUGGCAUGUCCCCAGAUGGGAGGAGGUCCAGAGCUAAUCAGUGAUAAAACUACUCUUUCUACACAAGAAUCAAACAGUCAGACGUCUUUCAAAUCUAUGUUGGUGAUAAGUGGAGGAGAAGGGUACAUUGACUUCAGGAUGGGUGAUGAAGCUGGCGAAUCAGAACUCCUGGGAGAGACAUUGCAGCUAGAGCCUUCUGUAGCCAAAGCUGAAAGGAGCCAUCUGAUAGUGUGGCAAGUUAUGUGUGGCAGUGAAUGAGCCUCUGCAAAGUGGCUCAAGACAGCAAAUGCCUUUGCAUGUCUUUGGAUUUCAUUUUAUUUUUGUGGAUCCCAUUUCACUGCAUAAAGUUUUUGCUUUGCCAUUUUAACUUUAUAUCACAAACCUCUCGAACCUUAACAAUACAGGAAUUAGCUUAUGCUGUUUUACUGCAUCAGUGUUACAUAGCAAGAACAAAUCAGUUUCCCCAGAGAGAGAAAUACGGUAUUUAGUCUCUCAGAUUCAACUUCCCAUAACUGCCACUACAAUUUGUAAGAGAAUUCAUUUCCUUUCACUUUGUAUUUCAAUUUGAGGUUAAAAUUUUAGAGCAAACAUUCUGAAUUAAUCUACAUGUAUUGAAUAGAGCAGCAAAGUUAUUUCCAAGAUAGCAUUUUAAAAAUAUCAAAUGAAUUAUUUUCACAUUAUAUCCUGUGCACUUAGUGGCGGCUAAAAUAAUGUGUACGUCUUUACUUCUUCAUUUCUGAAUCCUGCCAAUCUUGUUUAUUCUUGUGUAUUGAGUGCUCUUUGUUCAUAUUAAGAUCCAUGAGAUGGAAAUAGAUGAUACAGAAAUACACAGGUGAUAUGUUUCAUAUUUAAUUGCUAAUAGUGUUAAAAUGAGAAAUGCUUUCCUUAACCAUGACAACUGUGGUAUUUUGUGGGAUACAUUCUUCUCCAGUCUCCUGACUUGAGAAAUCUUGGAAACAUUAUGUUUAAUUCCAAAUAGCAUUCUUAGAAUGAUUUACAACCUCCUCUUAUGUGCCUUGAGCAGAAGAUAAACCUAUCUUCUUUUUGCCCACCUACCAUCUUGAACUCUGGUCAGAUUCAUGGCACUUGACUCAAACAGGGAACCAAGCGCUUUAAUUUCAGAAGGAACAAUGAAGGAAAAUUUGUCCUAAUUACCUCAUUAAAAAUAUAUGACAUAGCCCAUUAACCUAAUGAAAAUGCUAAGAGAUUUUUCUUCUGUGAACCUAAUAAGAGGAGUUGCAAGUUAUGGGCAUCCAUGUAAUCACUGACAUUAAUUGGACAGCACCACUGUAUAAGAUCUGGGGGGUCUAUCCUAAGUCUAAGAAAAGUAGUAUUUACUCCACAAACACUAAGUCUGUCUCCUCACUAUACAUUUUACUUUGCUCAUGAUUAUCCAGUCGAUGGCAAACAAUGAUGAAUUCUAUAUUUUUAAUUCUUUAAAGGUAUAUCAACUUUCCCAGACUUUAGUUUCUUGGAAAAUAUAGAUUGAAAUUGUAAAAUUUGGGUGUUGCCCACCAAGAGACUUGGUUUAUUCCCAUUAUGUGGGAGCAGUUAAUAUUUAAGUGACAGAAUAGCAAAUUUCAAAAACAGUUUAAAAUGACAACUUGAAAAUCACUAGAAACUAUCAUGAAAAACUGUCUAUACAUGUUUAUGCAAUAGGAGCAGUUUGAAAUCAGUCAAGAAAACAUGUAUUUAUAUACAUAAUAAUUUUGUUAAACUCAUGUUGAGCUGAAGUCUGUUGUGUAAAUAUUUAUUUGGGCAGCUUUUUAAAAAUGAAUAAGCAUCUUAAUCUGGUUUUUAAAAAUCAGUGCAAUUCAAUUCAGGACUAUUCAUUAGAGAUUUAUAUGUAAAAUACUUUUUAAGCACCACAUUUUGUACACAACUGAUAAGUUCUAAUAAGUAUGUAUUUGGACCAUGAACCUAUGUGGCUAAAAUCAUUGAAUGCUUAAUUUGUUGAUAGUCGAUUUCCCCCUUCUAAUAUGCCAAAAUUGUUAAAUUUAUUUAAAAUAUUCAGUGGGCUCAGCUAGGUUUAGAAAAUGUGAGGAAAUGAACUUUGAUCUGAAAGCAUUAUGGAACGUCUAGAUAAGCUUGUGGCUUUUGAAAACCUUUGUUGUCUAAACUGUGCCCCACAAACGUGAAAAUGCAAAAAGUGUGCCCUUUCCACCAUCAGAUGAUAUAAAAAUGGUUUGGUGAGGGCUUUCAGGAAAAAAUAUCAUGUGUGCCUAAAGUACAGCUGUCAAAGAGAUAUGACUCUGUAGCGCCCCCCACAAACGCUGACCUGUACAUGCCCAAUGGUAAUAUUGUGUGUACAGAUGAAAUGCCUACUGUCUCUUCGUAGAUGAAAGAGCCCAUCUCCUUUGUUGCCCUUCUAGGCUCUGUAAAUUGAUUGGCUUUUUUUAACUUAAAAAUUGAGCCUCUUCUCCACAUCUUGGAUGGCUGAAUUGCCACAUUCGCAUUCUUGGGAAAAGAUUACAAAAUGGUGUUUUUUCGUAAUGCUGUUUUAAAGCUACCAUUGAACUCUUUUUGUGAAGUGCUUCACUGCUGUCAAGACAAUAGAUGUGCCUCGGUAGCAUGUUUAAUGGCUUAAUGGCUUGCCAGAUGUAUUGAGUAAACUGACAUUAUGUCCUUAUUGAUACAGUUUCAUAGCCGAAAAUAGUCCAACAGAGACUAUUAAGUGUAAAGAAGGGGCUGGCACACAUUAUCUGUCCUUGUUUCUAAAGGUAUCCCUGUCCUAAAAUAGAUUUAGAAGGUGGGUGUCUUCACCAGUCACUGAAAUUUAUACACUCCCUGUUCCAGAGCACUUUUAAUGGUAGAUAAUGAAGUUCACUAAAUCUCAUGCAUCAAAUGGCUGCCUAAAAAACAUCUGUUUUGAGAAUGUCUUAUGUAUCACGUAUUCAUAGUUCUAAAAUCAGGAGAGGGAAUGAAUCUCUUGAUAUUUAACAGCUUUCAUUACUAGUUUGAGAGAACAUUUCAAGCACAAAAAAUAUGCAGCACAUGAUUUGUUUGGGUAAAUGUGUCUUGCAUGGAAAAAGGUAAAAUGAAGUUUAUAUAUCCUGCCAUUUUGUUCUUUUUUUGUAAGUUCUUCCUUCAUUGGAUCAGUUAGAGCUGGCAGAGUGUAGACACUUUAUCAUAGGCUGCCUUAGUAACUAAGAAAUGUUUUAUAAUCUUCUAAUAUUGCUAACUGUUCUAAAGAACAUGGUGUCCUGAAGAAAAUGUUUAACUGAAUAUUUAUUUCCAUGUGAGUAUUAUGAAAGUUACCAAAGGAUUGAUACUGACUUGGCACUCAUGCAAUUGACCCUAUGUGUAAAGGAUCUUGUAAAGAUCCUUCGUUUGUAAAAAUGACAAGAGUUGAAAACACAAUUCUUUGUGGAUGCUGACUUCAUUUUCCUAACAGGGUUAUGCCAUAUUGUAACAAACCUAUGUUGCACCUCAAAACACUUUUCUGUAUACUAGAUAUUUUUCUUUUCCUCUAACAAUUUCAUUACUGCACACUUCUUAAUAUUUUAAACAUGUUUUAAAACAUUUUAUGGUCAUUAAUUUUUUGAAAAUGUUGUCUAGACACUUUAUGCUGAAUUUUACUUGCCUCUGUAACCUUGAGAUGGAUACUGCAGCAUUGAACUUGCUGUCUGUUUAAAACUUGAGGCUUCUUUUCUGUGAGCCAGAAAGCUCAUAUAGCAGUGAAGUUAUUUCAGUAUUUAUUAUUGAAUCCUUGGGGGUUCAGAAUGUAACUUUGUACAUGAAAUAUAUAUAAAUAUGUAUAUGAAACGCA